AUGCCAUUACGUAAGCAAUCUGUAUAUAAGCAAAGAUAUAAAACUGAGUGGGAAAAGUCGCCAAACUACAAGCAAUGGCUGAAACCAGUAUCUGGCGAUGACACAAGAGCAAUGUGUACAUUUUGUAAAAAGGAAUUUCUUGCAAAAAUAAGUGAUAUUCAAAGACAUUAUGAAUCGGCAAAUCAUAAAAAACAAGCAAAACCUUUCCUUGACAAUAAACAAACAUUGAUUACGUCCGUGGUUCAAAAACCCGUCGAAAAAACUUGCUUGGAAGCUGAAGGAGCUCUUGCAAUGUACGUUGCCGAACACUCGUCUAUACAAGCAAUCGAUCACCUGACAGAGUUAUGUAAAAACAAAUUUUCUGAUUCUAAAGCUACUUCAGAAAUAAAAAUGCACCGCACGAAAUGCACCGCUGUGAUUCAAGAAGUUUUGGCACCUCAUUUUAAAAAAAAUCUCAGGACAGAUAUCAGCAAUAAUUCAUACAGUUUAAUUAUUGACGAAUCAACUGAUGUCUCUGUUAAUAAAUAUCUUGCUGUAGUGGUCAGGUAUUUUGAUCCAAUGAUUGGUAAAGUUAUCACUCGGUUUUGGAAUUUGAUUCAAUUAUUUGAUGAGAAAACCACCGAUCAUGUUGCAAAUGCCGAAAAACUUUUUAAUACUGUUAUAGGUUCAUUUCAAAAGUAUGAGAUUCCUACGGAAAACAUCAUAGGUUUCGGCUCUGAUGGAUGCAACACAAUGAUGGGAUGUAACAAUUCAGUUUCAAGUCGAUUUCGUCAACGUUGUCCAGGCAUAAUUGUGAUCAAAUGCAUUUGCCAUUCUCUGCAUCUUUGCGCUAGUGACGCAUGUAAAGAGCUUCCACUAAAUUGUGAAAAAAUGGCGCGAAAUAUUUAUAAUUAUUUUAAAUCCAUUAGUAAAAGGCAGAGUGAGUUGAAAGAGUUCCAGUAUUUUGCUGAGGCGGAUGUGCACAAAAUUCUAAGACCAGCCCAGACUAGAUGGUUGUCUUUAAAUGCAGUAGUGCAAAGGAUUCUGGAACAAUGGGAUGUAUUACGUCUUUAUUUCAAUAGCAAAUGGCUGGAAGAAUCGGAGUGCCACGAUAUUCAUGCAUGCCUGAAUGAUCCCAUAAUCAAGGCUUAUUACUAUUUUUUGGCUUGGAUGUUGCCAAAAUUUACAACAUUAAAUAGCUGUUUUCAGAGCGAAUCUAUUUUAAUUACGAAACUACAUGGGAAAAUGACAGAUUUUUAUAAAGAACUGUUACUAUUGGUUUUACACAGAAAUUAUGUAAAUUCCGCUCCUAUUGAAACUAUAGAUCCAAUGACAGAAAUAAAUCACAAGGACCUAAAAGACAUAUAUCUAGGUUUAGGUGUCCAGAAAGAACUAGAUUCUGUUGAAAAUGAAGAAAGAAAGUUAACUCUCAGAAAGAUGUGUAAAAAUUUUAUUAUUAGAGCUUGUGUGGGCCUUCGUAAACGAUACUGUUUUAAUGACAAAAUUAUGACAGAAAUAGCAAAAUUUGAUCUAGAGAAAGUAAUUUCUGAUGACAGGGAAGAGUCAGUUUCGUCGUUAUUUCCAUUACUGCCCAGAAUUGCCCCAACUUCAAUCCAACAUCAACAAGAACUAGAUGAUGAGUGGCGGAAGUUGCCGUUAUACUACAAAGAUUUGGAUUUAAGUCAACCCCCUGACGUAUUUUGGCACCAGGUCGCAGAACUGCGUGACCAACAUCGAGAAGGGAAUACCUAUUUCCAACACUUGCCAAAAUUUAUGUUGGCCAUUUUGUCUCUGCCACACUCGAAUGCUGAGUGCGAAAGAGUCUUCAGCAGAGUUAACGAUAUAAAAACAAAAAAACGGAAUAAACUCCUAACGAAAUCCAUCAAGGGAAAUCUCUUAUCGCAGCAAGCCAUACAGCGUCACGGAAAAAACUGUGUUGAUUUUAAUCCCACUCACGCUAUGAUCGCAAAACAUAACAAUGAUAUGUAUAAAAAUAUUGAAACAAUUAUACUGUCCGAUUCUGAUUAA